AUGGCUGCAGCUGACCCCACCUAUCCUUUUCUGCCUCUCAUGUGCAUCCUGGCAUCGGUCUUGAUGCUUUGUAUGUUACUGAACGGCUUCGUGCGGCAGAAAUGGAACAAUGGCGUCGCCUUCCUCUGCUUCUGGAUCAUGGUCGACAACGUCAUCUACGCAAUCAAUACCAUCGUUUGGGCGGAUAACUUCGAGCUCAAGCUGUACAUCUACUGUGACAUUGCCUCUCGUCUCCAUCUUGCAUCCUUCGUCGGCGAACCGGCAGCAACAUUCAUCAUUAUUCGUCGUCUCUCUUCAAUUGCCAGCCUUCGGGUGAUAGAACCUCUCGACAAAGAAGCGAGGCGCAAAAGUCGGUUCGUGGAGUGGACGGUGGGCUUUGUCUUCCCACUCGUGGUGGCAGGACCUUUGUAUUACGUUGUCCAGGGUGAACGCUUCCAAAUAAGCGAGUGCUUCGGCUGCCAAGAGGCCGUAGCGUUGGAUGUUCUUGGUAUAUUGCUGGUAAUGAUGUGGGGCCCUCUCAUACCUCUUCUGUCAGUCACCAUAUACUAUCCCAGGAUAGCUUGGACAUUCUAUUUCCAUAGCAGGAACCUCAACCACUUCUUCAGUAGCAACAACUCGGUACCCCGCCGAAGCUAUCUUCGCGCCCUUGCUCUCGCCAGCGUGGAUGUUCUCGUCACAAUCCCCGUGAACGCUACAAAUCUUGCUCUUACCAUCCUCUGGGGCUGUCAACAGAGACGGGGGUCGUCCGAACCGUUCUACCAAGGAUGGGUCUUUGUUCAUUCGGGUUGGGGCCCAGUAAGCGGGUCCUACGACGACCUCCGACAACAGCAUUCCUUGACUCAAGCGUACUUUCAAUACUGGUCGGCUCCUGUACUCGCGUUUGUUAUCUUCGGUCUUUUCGGCCUUACGUACGAGGCGCGCGCAUCGUAUCGCCGUACUUUCCACACAAUGGCCCGCCGAUUCGGCUGGAACCCGAUCCCGAAUUGUGAUCAGGACAUGCAUCUGACGACCGGGACGAUAAGAUUCGUGCGUCGUACUCCGCAGAUCUCAGUUGAUACGGGAAUAGGAACGGAACCGACGUCGGCCAUUUGCGCUCAGCAUGACACGGAAGCUCAAGCGGCUCACAGCGAAGGUGCGAUCACCACCAGCGGGACUGCUCAGCCCGAUCCCGAGAGUGCACCUCCAGAUAUGCGCGUUGACGCUGGAUUCGAAGAAGAUCGCGCUCUCAAUGAUAGCGAGGCAGCUGGUGCGAGGACCGCGACCUGA